AUGCUGACCACUGUCCGGAAUCGGAUCAAAUCAAAGAAAAACAGCGAAUGGCUUUCUCUUAGAAUAUUCGAACAACGCCCAAUUCCUGAACACAUUUUGCAGAGCUCAUUUGAUCAUUUAAUCUCUUCUAACUGGUCUGGAUUACAGACAGAAUCGAUACCAGAGGAAAUGAAACAGAUUGGUGAGGAACAAGGAAAUAAGCCGCGCUGGGCAGCUCUUCUGAUUCUCAUGGUGAUAAUACCCACAAUUGGUGGAAACAUCCUUGUUAUUCUGGCUGUUUCACUGGAGAAAAAGUUGCAGUAUGCUACCAAUUAUUUCCUAAUGUCCCUGGCAGUGGCUGAUUUGCUGGUUGGAUUGUUUGUGAUGCCGAUUGCCCUCUUGACAAUAAUGUUUGAGGCUAUGUGGCCCCUCCCACUUGCUCUAUGCCCUGCCUGGUUAUUUCUUGAUGUUCUUUUUUCUACUGCAUCCAUCAUGCAUCUUUGCGCCAUUUCAGUUGAUCGUUACAUAGCCAUCAAAAAGCCAAUCCAGGCCAAUCAAUAUAACUCACGAGCUACAGCAUUCAUCAAGAUUACAGUGGUGUGGUUAAUUUCAAUAGGCAUUGCCAUUCCAGUCCCUAUUAAAGGGAUAGAAAUGGAUGUGGGUAACGCAAACAACAUCACUUGCGGGCUGACAAAGGAUCGUUUUGGCAAUUUCAUGCUCUUUGGCUCACUGGCUUCCUUCUUUACACCUCUGGCGAUCAUGAUUGUCACCUACCUUCUCACUAUCCAUGCUUUACAGAAGAAAGCUUACUUGGUCAAAAACAAGCCACCUCAACGCCUAAGGUGGUUGACUGUGUCCACAGUUUUCCAAAGGGAUGAAACACCGUACUCAUCACCAGAAAAAGUGGCCAUGCUGGAUGGUUCUCACAAGGACAAAACUCAGCCCAGUGUAAGUGAUGACAUACUUAUGCGAAAAAUGUCCACAGUAGGAAAAAAGUCAGCGCAGACCAUUUCCAAUGAACAGAGAGCCUCAAAGGUUCUAGGGAUUGUGUUUUUCCUCUUUUUGCUUAUGUGGUGCCCUUUUUUUAUUACAAAUAUAACUUUAGUUUUAUGUGAUUCCUGCAACCAGACUACUCUCAAAAUGCUCCUGGAGAUAUUUGUGUGGAUAGGCUAUGUUUCCUCAGGGGUGAAUCCUCUGGUCUACACCCUCUUCAACAAGACAUUUCGGGAUGCAUUUGGCCGGUACAUCACCUGCAAUUACCGGGCCACAAAAUCAGUAAAAACUCUUGGAAAAUGCUCCAGUAAUUUCUACUUCCGGAAUCCACUGGCAGAGAACUCUAAGUUUUUCAUGAAACACGGAAUGCGAAAUGGUAUUAAUCCUGCCAUGUACCAGAGCCCAGUGAGGCUCCAAAAUUCAACCAUUCAGUCUUCAUCAAUCAUUUUACUAGAUACACUUCUCACCGAAAAUGAAGGUGACAAAACUUAA